AUGCCUGUCUCCGUCCCAACCGCGACCUCUCUCCAUGACCUUUUCAGCCUGAAGGGCAAGGUGGUCAUUGUGACCGGUGCAUCUGGCCCGACCGGCAUCGGUACCGAAGCUGCUCGCGGCUGUGCCGAGAUGGGUGCCGACGUGGCCAUCACCUACAGCUCCCGACCUCAAGGCGGUGAGAAGAACGCCAAAGAGCUCAGCGACAAGUACGGAGUCAAGAGCAAGGCCUACAAGUGUGAUGUCGGCAAGUACGAGGAGGUGGAGAAGUUGGUUGCCGAUGUUAUCAAGGACUUUGGCAAGGUCGACGUCUUCAUUGCCAAUGCCGGCCGUACUGCUGACAGCGGUAUUCUGGACGCCCCCGUUGAGAAGUGGAACGAGGUGAUCCAGACCGACCUGAACGGUGUCUACCACUGUGCCAGAGCCGUUGGACUGCACUUCCGUGAGCGCAAGACCGGCAGCUUCAUCAUCACCGCCUCCAUGUCCGGUCACAUUGCCAACUAUCCUCAAGAACAGACUUCCUACAACGUCGCCAAAGCGGGUUGUAUCCACAUGGCUCGCUCGCUGGCCAACGAAUGGCGCGACUUUGCUCGUGUCAACUCCAUUUCCCCCGGUUACAUCGACACCGGUCUGUCGGACUUCGUGCCCAAGGAUGUUCAGGAACUGUGGCACUCCAUGAUCCCAUUGGGCCGUGAUGGAAAGGCCACCGAACUCAAGGGUGCCUACGUCUACCUUGCCAGCGAUGCUAGCAGCUACACCACUGGUGCCGAUAUUGUCAUUGACGGUGGUUACACCGCCCGAUAA